AUUUCUAUAACCCACCAAAUUUGAGCGCGAAACCUGAUACAGUGUAACGUUAGGUUCCCUAAAUCUGAUAUAAUGGACGCUCAAAGUAGUGGCGGAUUCAGGGCCAAUCUAAGCGAAGACGAUGAGAAAAAAGAUAUACAAAAAACACCAGAGAAAGAUGUUUUCAGCGAAACAACACAUCGAAGUUCAGAGCGGCUUAGAACGAAGUCAGAACGACGUAAUUUGAAAUUACCAAGUCGUAGUGAAAUCUUGGAUAACAUUUAUGUGGAUAAAACAAUAAAGUAUGAGAGUAUAAGUUUGCAGCCAAAACGUUUGGUUAACGAUUUUGUCAAGGGAGCGAACAGAUAUGUGGCUGAUAGGAACAACGUUUUUGAAAGUGAUGACAGUAUGUCUAGUUUUAUUGAAGAUUCAGAUGAAUCACCUUCCAAGAAGUCUGAAAGAUCAAAUAAAAGAGGAAAGACUAUCAGAAGCAAAGGCAGGGGGUGUAUGGUAAAAAAGAGGAAAAUAAAGAAAAGAGAAUUGAGUUCAAAUGAUGAAAGUAGUUAUCUUAAGCUAGAUGAUGAAAUUGAAUCUGAUGAUGAGAAGAUUGAUGCUGAUUCUUCCAAUACAAGAACAAGAAGGAAAUCUAGAAGAUUAAGAUCAAUACAAUCUAGUUCUGAAGAAGAAGCUGAAAUCACUACCAACAGAGCUGGUGGCAAAACAAGGAUGAGAAAGAGUGAUAAAUGUGGUAGUAGUUCUGAGGAUGAUAUAUCCAUCAAGUUACAACCAAGUAAAAGACAGGUUUCACACAGAUUUGAUUCAUCAGACAGUGAUAAUCAACCAAAUCGUAAGUUACCAAUGAGAGCAAAAAGUGCCAAGAAAGAAAAGGAAACAGUGCUCUUGGCAAGACUUAAUGCAAAAAGAAAUAAAGAGAAUGUUGAGCGAAAGAAUAUGAAGAUGAAUUUGGGCAAUACAAGCCAUGGUAGCAUGGUAAGAUUACUGCAUGAUGGUGAUACAUCAGAAGAAGAAAAUCUAUCUGUGAUUAAUUCUAGAGAUUUUGUAGAGUAUGAAUCUGAUGAAGAGUUUAUUGUAGAUGAUGAGCUUUACUCUGAUGCUGAUGAUAACGUGGCUGAAUUUUUUACAAAUUUUUAA